UGUAUAUGUCAUGUUCUAAAGUGUUACGUUAUUUAUUUUAUAAAAAUAAGAAAGGAUCGUUGUCAUUCGGACAAAUCAUUAAGAAUAAAAUCAAAUUAAAUAUUGGGUGAUAUGAAUAAAGAAAAACUACCGAAAUUGGUGGAUGUGUAUCGUCCAUCGAACCCUCUCGGUAGGAGGCAACUGCCUCUGGUUGUUGAUGAAAAUUUAACGCUGGUAAUGGAUGUAAGAAGUUCUGGAAUCAUUUGCGAUAACCAGCUCCUCCGAGGAAAAGAUUUGGAAGACUUUGCUUGCAAAUGGUUAGUCCUCUCUCCACAAGAAUUACAAAAUGCAUUGCAAAUCACAAAAUCAGAACUAAUGCAUGUUUUAAAUCAAAACGUACCAUGUGUUGGAUGCCGCAGAAGUGUUGAAAGAUUAUAUUUUCAAUUAUUCAAAUUUGGACAUCCUACAUUGGACCCUUUGAUCGUAAAACCUGACGGAAGGAUAACCAUAAAAGAGGAUAAACAAGCUUAUCAAGUGUUAGGAUCUAUAUUUCACGAUCACGCAGUCCGUUUAGCGAAACUUAUCGAAAACCAGCCAAAACGGAAUAAGAAAAGCGUUAGGUGUUUGCUACAUUCCUUGGACUCGCAACGUAGUAGACCCCUAACGCCCGUUUGGAGGGACGUAUGGGACUGCAUGAAGCCAGACUGUAAAAAAGACGUGUGCAUAAUCGAGGCCUCCAGCCUACAUUCUACCCUCGAAACGUACCUUCGCAAACACAGGUUUUGCGGGGAGUGCAGGACCAAGGUUCUUAAAGCUUACACCUUGUUGGUGGAGGAGCCCGAACCCUCCAAGGAAAAGGGUUACGUCUCGUCGUUGUACUCCGGCAUCAAGCGCUGCCUGCCGGAUAAACACAUCCACCUGCAAACGAAGACUGACUACAUAACGAAGCUGAUCAGUCGCGCGGAGCCCGAGCUGUUGGGAAGUUACAGUCGUAGGGAACGUCACGCCAAGACGUUGGAAAUUGCUCAAGAGGAGGUGCUCACCUGCCUGGGGAUCUGCAUGUACGAGCGCCUGCACCGCAUCUACAUGCGAAUGCGCGAGGAGGAGUGCACGUGUCAGGUGUUUGCCGCCGUGGCCGUGCACACGUUGAGCCGCAGCUUCGAGACGGCCGUCGAGCGGAUCCGGGGGGUGUCGCAGCUGGAGUUGCUGUACGCCGAGUUCGCCAGGGAGGAGCAGCAGAAGCAGAUACGCAAGGAGCAGAAGAAAAUCAAACGGAAGCGCAAAAAGGACAUCCGCAAUCUCAUACGAACGGAUCCGUUGUCCACAGGGAAGGCGACGGACCACGAAGGUAAGGAACUCUGCAACGACUGUGAUGGAGACGGGGAAGAGGACAAGGACGACGCGGAGAAGGACUGCGCGUGCUCCCCCGAUAAGGCUGACACGUUAGGGUGCUACAACUGCUCGCAGUUGCUGUCGCCCAACAAGACCCAUCAGUGUACCAACGAACUGGACGACUACGACGAGUGUUCAAAAGUCAGUAGCGGGAAAAAGGAUAAGUUACGGUGUACGAACGAGUUGUGGAUAGAUGAUUGUAAAUGUGAGAACGACGUGAAGGAGAACAAGAAGAACGCCAACUACAAAUGUGAUAGUUAUACAGAUUUUACUAGUAAGAGGGAAUGCGGCUCGGCCAGCGACCAUUCCCACGACUGCGGUUACUCGUCGGAGAACAAUAACGGGUGUUGCGAGACUGGCUCGCUCAUCUCCAGCCUGUCCAGUUCGCCGGAGGGGUCCGAGCUGGCGUGUUCCGAUACCUGCUGUCAGCACGAGACGGAUUUUAUAUCGCACUGCAGAUUGUCGUACGGUGGCAACGGGCAACAGCUCAGCUUACAGGAAAUGCUCGAGAGCCACAGCGAGGACGACGACGAAGAUUGUUUCAUAACCGCGGAGGAAGUUAGGGAGUUUAAAAGCAACAACCGGCAGGUGUACGAGCAACGUCUCGAAUUAAGAGAAACCCUUCAGAAGAGGUUUGCCCAGUUCUGCGCGGACGGGCCGGUACCGCGCUUGCUCGUUCAAACCAAAUACGCUUCGAAUUGAUGUUUUUUUUACAGUCCCCUCAUUUUUCCACGAUUUAUAUAUUGUUCAGUUUUAAUUAUACAUAAAAUUGUUUUUACUUUUAACGAUCUUGUUUCUUUUUCUAUAUAUACAAGCAUAUAACUUGGAGAUUCGUUGCACAAAAGAGCCAUUAUUUUCGGAUGAGUAGUUUUCAUUUAUUUUUCAUUUUUCACGAUACGACUGCGCGCGAUUCGCGAAGCUGAAACUGGGAAGAUAUUAUAAAUACAAUAUAAUUACUAAAUGUAUUUGUUGCAUUCCAUUAUGGGUUAUUGUUAAAAGAUAGAUUGUUUUGUAUAGGCAUCUGGUGUACAUAUAUUUCCACCAGUUCCUCAUUCUAUGUAAGAGUCAUAAUAAA